AUGGGCCACGGUGAUGAGCCAUCACGUCAUGCCAGCAAACAUGACAUCGAGCAUGGCGAUGUGGGUGCUGAAGCAAAGCGUUUGCACUUUUCUGGUUUUUGUGACGAUUUGGCACAUGGUGACACGGUUCCACAGACACCAAUUGAGGUAGCUGACGGCGAAGUGGUCGACGACACACCACUUGAGCAAAUGAUGAGUCCAGCAAAGGCCAGCAGACGCGAUGAUUCUGGUGGUGUCAGCUUGCUCAAUGCAAUCCGCAACAUUGAGCACUUGGACAUUGAACCUGAA